AGGGCGGCUCCGGCCCGCGCCCUGCCCACCCUGGCCGAGCGACCGCAGUGCGCCCGCCGGGUGAGCACCGCUGGACCCAGCAGCCGCCGUUGCCAGCGCCGCAGCAGCAGAGGUGGCCACUGUCAACAGCUGUGUGUGCACUUGUGCCAAACUAUUACAAGCAAGAUCUGUUGAUUGGACACCUUCACACUUCUCGGCCAUCCAGUGCAAGUGGUGCUGAUACCUACUCUUACAGCUUCUGCCUCGGACCCAGCACCUCCACCCGGAACAGCCCUCUUCAGCCUGACAGCCUUGAAAGCCCGGCAGCAUGGUGGUGGAACACCCCGAGUUCCUCAAGGCCGGAAAGGUGCCUGGUCUGCAGAUCUGGCGUGUGGAGAAGUUCGACCUGGUACCUGUACCCCCCAACCUUUACGGAAACUUCUACACAGGCGAUGCCUAUGUCAUCCUGAAGACAGUGCAGCUGCGGAAUGGGAACCUGCAGUACGACCUGCACUACUGGCUGGGCAAUGAGUGUACCCAGGAUGAGAGUGGAGCAGCUGCCAUCUUCACCGUGCAGCUGGACGACUACCUGAACGGUCGGGCCGUGCAACACCGCGAGGUCCAGGGCUUCGAGUCGGCCACGUUCCUCGGCUACUUCAAGUCUGGCCUCAAAUACCAGAAAGGAGGCGUGGCAUCAGGAUUCAAGCACGUGGUACCCAAUGAGGUGGUGGUGCAGAGACUCUUCCAGGUCAAAGGGCGGCGUGUGGUCCGUGCCACUGAGGUACCCGUGUCCUGGGACAGCUUCAAUAAUGGCGACUGCUUCAUCCUGGACCUGGGCAAUAACAUCUACCAGUGGUGUGGCUCCAACAGCAAUCGAUUUGAGAGGCUGAAAGCUACACAAGUGUCCAAGGGCAUCCGGGACAACGAGCGCAGUGGCCGAGCCCAAGUGCACGUGUCUGAGGAGGGCGGCGAGCCUGAGGCAAUGCUCCAGGUGCUAGGUCCCAAGCCAGCUCUGCCCGAGGGUACCGAUGACACAGCCAAGGAGGACGCAGCCAAUCGCAAGCUGGCCAAGCUCUACAAGGUCUCCAAUAGUGCGGGCUCCAUGUCGGUGUCGCUUGUGGCUGAUGAGAACCCCUUCGCCCAGGGGGCCUUGCGGUCAGAGGACUGCUUUAUCCUGGACCAUGGCACAGAUGGGAAAAUCUUUGUCUGGAAAGGCAGGCAGGCCAACACCGAGGAGAGGAAGGCUGCCCUCAAAACGGCCUCCGACUUCAUCUCCAAGAUGAACUACCCCAAGCAGACUCAGGUCUCCAUCCUUCCCGAGGGUGGCGAGACCCCGCUGUUCAAGCAGUUCUUCAAGAGCUGGCGGGACCCAGACCAGACGGACGGCCUGGGCUUGCCCUACCUCUCCAGCCACAUCGCCAAUGUGGAGAGGGUGCCCUUCGACGCUGCCACCCUGCACACCUCCACUGCCAUGGCCGCCCAGCACGGCAUGGAUGAUGAUGGCACAGGCCAGAAACAGAUCUGGAGAAUUGAAGGCUCCAACAAGGUGCCAGUGGACCCCGCCACCUAUGGGCAGUUCUACGGUGGGGACAGCUACAUCAUCCUGUACAACUACCGUCACGGCAGUCGUCAGGGCCAGAUCAUCUACACCUGGCAGGGCGCCCAGUCCACCCAGGAUGAGGUUGCUGCGUCUGCCAUCCUGAGCGCCCAGCUGGAUGAGGAAUUGGGAGGUACCCCUGUCCAGAGCCGUGUGGUCCAAGGCAAGGAGCCUGCCCACCUCAUGAGCCUGUUUGGCGGGAAGCCCAUGAUCAUCUAUAAGGGUGGCACCUCCCGUGAGGGUGGGCAGACGGCCCCCGCCGGUACCCGCCUCUUCCAGGUCCGGGCCAGCAGCUCUGGAGCCACCCGAGCCGUCGAGAUACUCCCUAAGGCUGGUGCACUGAACUCCAACGAUGCCUUUGUCUUGAAAACCCCCUCGGCCGCCUACCUGUGGGUCGGUGCAGGAGCCAGUGAGGCAGAGAAGACCGGGGCCCAGGAGCUGCUCAAGGUGCUGCGGGCCCAACCUGUGCAGGUGGCAGAAGGCAGCGAGCCAGACAGCUUCUGGGAAGCCCUGGGUGGGAAGGCUGCCUACCGCACGUCCCCAAGGCUGAAGGACAAGAAAAUGGAUGCCCACCCUCCUCGUCUCUUUGCCUGUACCAACAAGAUCGGACGUUUUGUGAUCGAAGAGGUCCCUGGCGAGCUCAUGCAGGAAGACCUGGCCACUGACGAUGUCAUGCUCCUGGACACCUGGGACCAGGUCUAUGUGUGGGUUGGGAAGGAUUCUCAAGAAGAGGAGAAGACAGAAACCUUGACUUCUGCUAAGCGGUAUAUCGAGACGGACCCAGCUAAUCGUGAUAGGCGGACCCCCAUCACCGUGGUGAAGCAAGGCUUCGAGCCUCCGUCCUUUGUGGGCUGGUUCCUUGGCUGGGAUGACAACUACUGGUCUGUGGACCCCUUGGAUAGGGCUAUAGCUGAGCUGGCUGCCUGAGGAAGGGCAGGCCCCACCCCUGUCACUGGUCAGUGCCUUCUAAAACUAUCCAUUCCUCAAGGAGACCUUAUAGCAGGGCCACUCUGGUGUGUGUGUGUCUGUGUGUGUGUAUGUACGUGUGUGUGUGUGUUUUACAGUAGCCAAAAACAGCCCUGCAAAAAUUCAGGGUCCUAUUGAAAUUGUCUCAAGUGUCUGUGCUUUUGGAAAUUGAAUUCAAUAAAAUCUUUUUGGAGUGUGUUA